UUGUGAAACGCGUCCCCGGAAACGUGCGCAUGAACUACUUGGGCUUACAUUUGGGCGCGUGCACUUGCAGGCUCUUCCCUCGACCGACGAGACUUUCUUCCCACCAGCGUUCUCCUCCUUUCCGCCUUAAACUUCCCGAGUCCGAAAAGCCGCCAUGUCGCACACCGUCAUCACGACCACUUCCGCCUCCGACGGCUUCUUUCACGCGGGAUACUGCAGGACCAUCCCGGGUCUGCUCAAAGUGUCCCAGAUGGUGGCGCUGUUCAUCGCCUUCCUGUGCGUGCACUGCGCCCACGGGUGGCCCAGCUGGGCGGCCUCCCAGUUCUUCGAGGUGGUCUCUGUGUGGUUCCUGGUGGCCCUGCUGCUCUUCUUCCUCAUGCACCUGUUCCGGCUGCAGGCCAAGAUGCCGUGCAUCAACUGGCCCCUCACGGAGUUCUUCCACUACUCCGUGGGGACCGUCCUCGUCCUCAUCGCCUCCAUCGUGGCGGUGGUGAAAAGUGGAGGAGUGUCAGCGUUGGUGGCGGCGUCGGUGUUUGGCUUCAUCGCCGCCUUUCUGAUGGCCGUCAGCUUGUGGACGUCUUACAGCGUGUCUUGUGGCCCCCAACAGACCGGUGUGACCGAGUAAUUGGAUGCAGGUCAUGUGGGAACAAGAUGGCUGCCUCUGCCCCCGGCUCGCUCUUCUGCCUAGCAACAAACAUCAGAAUGCGGUCGGUUGACAAUUGGGGGCGCAGGUAUGAGGAGCUGAUCCAGGAGCAGCGUCUUGUUAAA